CCUCAAGGACGAAAGAGUAUAACAACAAACAAACCAGUGCUCAUUUAUUAUUUGUAAUAUUAGAAGCAUUCAUCCCUCAUUGACAUGAACCAUGGGACAACUGACUUCCAGGCAAGAAAUUAUUCACAAAGAAGUAGGAGAUCCCAAAAUGAGAAACUGGCUUUGUGCCAACAUGGCCAUCAGGGAAGUUUCAAAACAUGUGGCCAGAUGUGUGCACAUUCACAUAGCUGAAGUGCACAAGUCUAUGCGCCAUGCUUUGGGUGAUUGUGGUGUGUGUAUUAAGAAUUGCAGUAGUGCAGGGACUGAAAGACCAUGGUGCACUUCAUGUGACAGAUGGCGUAAAGAAAUUCUCAGUAUAUGUGCACCACAUUACAGAAAUCAAAUCAACUGGUCAAGGCUGCAUUCAUCCCAGUGGCAAAUAAAUCCCUAUGAGGUGGCAAGAGCCUUCAUUCCACGUGCUCAUAGGCUUUACUAUAAGUCUGCAGACUUUCAUGAAGACUUUCGCUUCACACUCAGCUUCAUCGAAAACACUAGAGAAAUACCUGUACCCAAAGGGCUCCGUGAGAAGCUUUGGCAGUGUCGGGGUCGAGUGAAGAGAAAAAAUCUGCGCAUGCGGAUGAGUGAUGAAGAGCUGCAAGGUACCAUUGGGGCACUCACAGAGUUUGUUUCACUUCCUGUUUUUGAGGAUAGUGAGUCUCUUGUUGCAAAAAUAAAUAGCCUUUUAAAUUCUCAUGAGAAUGAUGAUGGUUGCUCUAUUAUGUAACCACACUUUAAUUUAGCUUUCACUAAACUUUUUAAUGCCUGUUGAUAAUUGAAGAAAAGUUUGAUUAUACUUAUUAUUGUAUUUUAAAUAAGAAACUUUUUUUUUUAAACUGAAUGCUAUAUAUUGAUUUUUUUUUUCUUCAUCUUAUAAUAUUUUGAUUUAUCUGCCUAGCAGAUGAAUUUUUAGUAUAUUUUAUCUGCAGGAAAGAAAACAUUGCUGUUUCAAUGUUACAUUUUAUUUUGGACUGUAUUUUUUAAACAUGUUUACUUUUAAAUCGUAAAUUUAUGCUGUGCACCAGCGUUUCUUACAUUAGCUUAAGAAAUUUUUAUUUUUUUAUUUUUUAAGACGUUAUAUAAGUAUCAUUUUACAUUAUAUAAAAAGUGGAAUCAAAAUUAAUGAAACUAAAUAUUCAUGCUAUGCUUUGAUAAAAAAUGUAGCAUUCUGAGAAACUAAUUCUUGCAAUAAUUGUUUUUAUUUUUUGUUUUUAAUCACCCAUUAAUAAUAAAAGAUCAUUUUAAAGUUUAUGUAUUUUAGUUAUGUUGGUUACUGCUAUGAGUAAGGACUACUGUUUAUAAUAUGUAAUAAUACCGGUAUAACAUUUUAGUGCAUUUAAUUGGUGAUUCAUCUGUUGUAUUUUGUUCUUAACUGUAAUCCAUUAAUAUGUUCCUUAUAUGUUAAAUUGAUUGAAAUAGAUGAACCCUGGUUGAAUUAAAUAUCGUAUCUGUUUGAUUGGUCAUGCUUCAGGGAAUAUACAGCUGAUAUUUGAAUGAGUCUGUGUGGUCAUUAUUUCAUUUAGUUUUUACUGUCAUGUGUCAGUCUGUGUGGUCAUUAUUUCAUUUAGUGUUUACUGUCAUGUGUCAGAAAAUUUGACACACAUUUUAAUAAUAUUAUGUAAUUUUUAAAAAAUGUCUGUUGAUUAGUCUGGGAGUCUUGUAAAAAUCCUAAAUUUUUGUAUAUUCUUUUUUUUUUUUUCAAGUUACCUCCACUAUAAUUAAAGACUAGGCUAAUAAAAACAAGUUUUUAUAUCUUAGGAUUACAUAUAAUAUGAAAAUCAUAGUAAAAGACAGACAAAAGUAUCUUAAGAUGAUGAUUAAAGUGGAUACUUGCAGAGAACAGUAUUGUUGCUCUUUAAAAAUAUAUUUUUGUAUAGAGAGAUGUAUUGGUACUUAAGGCAGCAUGAGCAGAUAUUUGUUUCUGACUCUUUCUGUUCAUUGAGUUUGUAAACUGUGGGUGAAUUUUCACAUAUUUUGUCUAGGGACAAGUAAAUCUAUAGAAAUUCAUUCUUUUUGUUUCUGAUAUUCAGAAAUGAAGAUUUUUUACAUCCUCUAGGAUAGUAGUGAGCAAGCAAAAAGCCUGUUUGAACUGUGGACCAACGUGGCAACAGUCCAAAGCACAUACGUCUCAACAAGACAGCCACCAUUCUUUGUAUCAUGUACUGGCUCAUUUUGUAAGCUAUAAGCAGAGUCGUAUUGGACUGAGCCCCUAACUCUUCACUUGCAGUUCAUAUCAGCAUCACUGCAUUCAAAGGUUUUGGAAUCUAUUGUCACAAAUAAGUUUGAAAAUGCUGUUUGUCCUUACCAAGAGAUGGACUUAAAGCUUAAGUGCAAUUUAUUUUUUUCUCACUGAGGCUUGUAGAAUUAAAAACAAAAUUAUAUAAUCAUCAUUUUUUUUUUUUUUUUU